AAAGCAAUGAAAUCUUCUUGCUAUUUUUCAAAGAGGGUUUAUCAUCAACUGAUAUAUAAUCUUUGAUUGUAUACAGAUCUAAUGGAGUUAUUGGGGAAAAUUCGCAAGUUGGUAUAUGGGUCGAAGGAAGUUUUGAUAAUGGUGGUCGUUCAAUUGGUAUACGCUGGUAGUAAUAUAACGUACAAACUUGCAGCCAGUGAUGGAAUGAGCGUGAGGAUCAUCGUCGGCUACAGAUACAUAUUUGCAACUAUUUUUAUGAUUCCUCUUGCUCUUUUCUUUGAGAGAAAAAAUAGGCCUCAACUUACGUGGAUAGUAACCUUCCAAUCUUUUCUUUGCGGAUUGUUUGGGGCAUCGUUAUCUCAAAAUUUGUAUGCAGAAAGUUUAGUCUUAACAUCUGCAACAUUUGCUUCUGCUAUGGCUAAUCUUCUACCAGCAGUUACCUUCAUCUUAUCCAUCUUAUUUGGCUUGGAGAAAGUGGGACUAAGAACUAUGGCAGGGAAGGCAAAAGUGAUGGGGACAACGAUUGGGAUUGGCGGAGCCAUGCUUCUCACUUUUUACAGGGGAUCAGAAAUCAAUAUCUUCAGAACACACAUUGAUCUUAUGAAGCAUUAUCAGCCCCAAGGAAGCCAGAUAGCUUCAUCAUUAUCUCCUGCUAGUCGAGCCUUAGGUUGUGCAUUAGCUCUGGCCAGUUGCUCUUCAUUUGCCUUGUGGUUAAUCAUUCAGGCUCAAAUGAGUAGAAGGUAUCCAUUACCCUAUUCAAGCUCUGCAUUAAUGGCAUUGAUGGCAUCAAUCCAAUCUACUGUUUAUGCCCUUUUCAUGGAGAAAGAUUGGAGUGCAUGGAAACUAGGUUGGAAUAUAAGGUUGUUCACAGCAGCAUAUACGGGGAUACUUGCUGCUGGCACGAUGAAUGCUCUUACGAUAUGGUGCGUACAGUUGAGGGGUCCUCUAUUUGUGUCGGUUUUUAAUCCUUUAUUACUUAUAUUUACUGCAUUUGCGGUCCUACUCAUCAAUGAAAAUCUAUAUCUUGGAAGCAUACUAGGAGCAGCAUUGAUAGUAAGUGGCUUGUAUGCAGUGCUGUGGGGCAAAAACAUAGAAACGAAGACGAUCGCUCAACUUGUUCCAUUGGAAACCUCUCAUGAAGUAGAAAGGUUGGAGUUGCAGGUAAUUUCUUCUCACACAAAUGACAAUUGCAAGAAUGACCAGCGUGUUGAGACACAGCAAGUGCAAUAAUGAUCCUCCUUCCUCUUCUGAUUUGCAAUUGCCAUCGAUCCAUUAGUUCGAACAUGAAACUAUUAUUGAAAACAUCAGAAAAAUUAAGAGGCAGCUCUCUCAUCUUAUGAAAUCCUUGAAUAAUACCAUAUACAUGCAUUGAAUAAUCAUUCUGAAUGUAGAAAAAUGGAUCUCAAAAUAGUCUAGGGACCUAAUGUAAAUAAAAAUAAUAAUAAAAAAACCUUGAUAUUUGGAUUUA